UGGCAGCCUUUUGGAUGAUUUUUGGGGGAACAAAAAGAGUCCAAAAUAAUCAGGAUGAAGAAGUAUCUGUCAGUGGAUUUGAAUAUCCUGGCCAAAUAUUUUUCAGCUUAUUUCGUUUAACUUUAGUGGAUGAUUAUGAUUAUGAUAAUAUGCUACUAAUUGAUGGUGUUAUGGCUGACAUACUCUUGUCUACAUGGUUUAUGCUGUCAUCAAUUUUAUGUCUGAAUUUAUUUAUUGCACUGUUGUCUGAUACUUUUCAAAGAGUUUAUGACAAUGCUCAA